UUAUGGAAAAAAACCAAAAUCCAUGAUCCAAGAUCCAACCAUACCCAACUUCUACUGCAGAAGAGACUCUGAUCAUCAGUUCUCAAUUCUCAAGGGAGAAGAAGAACCAAAGAAACUGGUUUACUCUGAUUAUCGGUUCUCAAUUCUCAAGGGAGAAGGGAGAAGGGAGAAGGGUGAAGGGUGCAGGAGUUGUCCAUGGCUUCCAACUCAACCGUUCCAAUCCCGGUGGUUGCAACAUUUGCAUCUCCAUUUGACACAGAUGAGACUGAUGUCCAGAGCCUACGUCCAUCCUCGAGAAAACGUCAGAGUCUGUGGCCAGGCAUGUACAACUCCCCAGUCACAGCCGCUCUCUGGGACGCCAGGCCCACAAUCUUUGAAGCCCUGCUUGACCCACCUUUCCACGCCCCACCCCAAACCCAACUCCUCACCAAGACCCCCUCCCACAGCCGCACCUCCAUCCUCUACAACUUCUCCUCCGACCACACCCUCAGGGAGCAAUACAAGAACCCUUGGAAUAGGGUCAGAAUUGGCAAGUUGCUUGAAGACCUCGAUGCCCUUGCUGGCACCAUUUCUGAUAAGCACUGUUCUGAUGAUGACACCACCACCAGGCCUCUCUUGCUUGUCACUGCUUCUGUGGACAAGAUGGUCCUCAAGAAGCCCCCCAGCGUCGACCAUGAUCUCCAAAUUUCCGGCGCUGUUAUCUGGGUUGGCCGCUCUUCCAUUGAAGUUCAUCUUGAAGUCACUCAAUCCACAAAUGGUGCCUCUUUUUCCACUUUCUGCAGAGAGCUCCAAUACUUCAGACUCAGUAGUUCUUACAGCCAACUUCAUAUUUGUGGCUCUUGACUGUAAGACAAAGAAAGCUGUUCCAGUGAACCAGCUGUCACCAGAAACAGAACAAGAGAAGUUGCAUUUUGAAGAAGCAGAAGCAAGGAAUAAUCUCAGAAAAAGGAAGAGAGGAGGAGACAGAAGAGACUUUGAGAAUGGGGAUGUGAAUAGGCUUGAAGCACUGUUGGCUGAAGGACGCAUCUUUUGUGACAUGCCAGCCUUGGCAGACAGGGAAAGCAUUCUUCUACGGGAUACCUGCCUGGAGAACUCCUUGAUUUGCCAGCCACAGCAAAGGAACAUCCAUGGUCGGAUCUUUGGAGGGUUUUUAAUACGCCGUGCAUUUGAAUUGGCAUUCUCAACAGCUUAUGUCUUUGCUGGCAUGGUACCUUGCUUUCUAGAAGUCGAUCAUGUUGACUUCUUAAGGCCUGUUGAUGUUGGAGACUUUCUGCGUUUCAAAUCCUGUGUUCUUUUCACUCAACUUGAGAACCCCGAACAGCCUCUAAUCAACAUUGAAGUUGUCGCUCAUGUUACAAGGCCGGAGCUCAGGUCUAGUGAGGUGUCCAAUACAUUCUACUUCACUUUCACUGUCCGCCCAGAGUCUAAGGCCACGAAGAAUGGAUUUAGACUUCGGAAUGUGGUUCCAGCAACAGAAGCGGAAGCACGCCGCAUUCUGGAGCGCAUGGAUGCUGAGAGUUUGUUGCUAGACAAAGAUGAAACAGGACAGUAGACAACGAAGAGGAUGCCUUGUUGCAGAAAGUCAAAAGAGCAAUGAAAUUAAUGCUACUUUUCUAAUAUUAUAUCAUGGGUUUCUGCUCUGUAAGCCUGAACUCAAAAGUCAUGCAGAUUUAAUAACACAAUUCAGAGCACUAUCAGAAAGUAUUAGAAUUCACAGUUAUCCAGCUCCGGUUCCCCAUUAUGUUCUAGUGCUUCAGAAACAGAUUUGCUUAUGUCAAAAGGUAUAUAGAAUGAUUGGAGGAUCAUGGCCAUCAAAUUAUCCUUUGUUUGAGAAUAAAGACAAGAUUAUUUAAUACCAGUCGUUGCCUCCUGUUUCUGACUUGCAGCCUCUUGUGAGGUUCCCUGCAGACUUUAUUUGGUUUAACCUCUCAAAAUGUGCCCAUUUGAUCAUGGGUUUCCUUGUGUGUAGUUGAAAUUCUCCAUGGUGGUUAGGUCAUAGUAAAUGGAUUUGAAUAUCUGGGUUUUCCAAACAGACAUCCUUUUUUUGCUACAGAGAUAUUUUGUGUUACUGAACCAUCAAGCUUUGCAAAAGUGGGUCAUUCACCUGGAAUCCUCAAAUAAGUUCUAAAUAGUACUGGUUGCUCUCCCCUUCUCGCUUAUGCCCAAAUAUAGGAAUAUUAGGAGGCAGGCUAGCAACGGGCACUCCAUCUAUGUCAUACUAAGUAGUCUGACCCUCUGCAACUCUCAUAGGUCUCAUCCUCUGCUCCAACCUCUCCAUGCGAGCCUCUUGUUCAACCAUGCAGGCGUCGUCUAUAACAGGGAGAGGUACAAGUGGCAUCUGAACAGGCGACGCUACCUCAAUCUAAUUAUGUAGAGUGAAUGGUGUGGUAUGUUGUGUCUGUUGAAUGGGAGGAACUACCAGGUCUGAAGAUAUGGGAUCCUGAGAAGUUAGUCUCUAUACACCUUAGCUCUGAUCUAGUCUCUAUACAAUCUCAUGUUGGGUUGUUAUAAGUUCUUAUUGACUACAAAUGUGUUCCAUUUUGGUUCAUGUAGAUUUUAUGUAAUUAUAAUAACGUCUUAUU